GGGGUUUGAAACUACCCAUCUAGAACCUCAUUUAAGGUUACUGGCGGACAUGGUUUAGGGGGUCACACUUGACACAUGUCAUAGUUGACUAUUUAAAUAAGGCAUCUAUCCAUCUCCCCUUAGUCGUGUCAAUGAUUGGCAGAAGAAUGUAGGGUUGUGGUUGAGUCCACAUCACCUGUGAGGGGUGUUCAAGACUGAAAUGAUUAAAAUUGCCUGUCAGUGAGGAGUGUAAAUAUUAGUCACAUUAUCCCUGGAUUUUAAAUGUGGGAGAGAGAACGCUGUGACACUUUAAUUGUGACUGUUUCAUUGACUAAAGUCACUUUCAAAACAUUGAAGAGUUUUGACAACCUUCAGUAGUUUGGAUGUAAGCUGUCUGUUUGGUGCUGUGAUACAUUCAUACAUUGUGAUAUCUUCAAUGGGAAUUCCUACCUUCAUUAAUUAAGUUACUUGUACACCAUGUGAGAUCAAAGAGUUAGAGAGAACCAGAGAAAACCAUGAGUACAUAUCAGAUGAACCAGAGUGAUGGGGGGCCCAGGUCUAUGUCAGGUGGGGGACAGAAUUACAUGGACCUUUCCAACAUGCCCCUGGAGAACAAGCAGGAACAGACCAUGAUGUGGCAACAAAACCAGUACAUGGGGGACUCUGGCAUCCACUCAGGGGCCACAACCCAAGCCCCCUCCAUCAGCAGCAAGGGAGGCCACCACGAAGAUAUCGAGGAACCCCAGUCUAACAUGGAAACCUCCCACAUGGGAUUUGAAUGGGGGGAUCAGCAAUACCCACAGCUGGGAUACACGCAGGAACAAAUUGAUGAUGUCAACCAACAGUUGAAUCAGACUCGAUCACAGAGGGUGAGGGCUGCUAUGUUUCCCGAGACUUUGGAUGAGGGAGUACAAAUUCCCUCUACCCAGGUUCACCCGGACCAGCCUACAGCAGUCGGGAGGCUGACAGAACCCUCGCAAAUGUUGAAACAUGCCGUAGUAAAUCUCAUCAAUUAUCAGGAUGAUGCUGAUCUUGCCACAAGAGCAAUUCCGGAGCUGACCAAGCUUCUGAAUGAUGAAGAUCAGGUGGUGGUUGGCCAAGCAGCAAUGAUGGUGCAUCAGUUAUCCAAGAAGGAGGCCAGUCGUCAUGCAAUUAUGAACUCCCCCCAGAUGGUUGCAGCCCUUGUGAAGGCUAUGAACAAUACCUCUGAUUUGGAAACCACUCGCUGUGCUGCAGGAACACUACACAACCUGUCACACCAUCGCCAGGGACUUCUGGCCAUAUUCAAGUCCGGUGGAAUCCCUGCACUUGUCAAAUUGCUGAGCUCUCCAGUGGAAUCUGUGUUAUUUUAUGCAAUUACUACUCUUCACAACCUACUGCUUCAUCAAGAAGGUUCCAAGAUGGCUGUUCGAUUGGCAGGGGGUCUACAAAAAAUGGUGGCAUUAUUACAAAGGAACAAUGUCAAGUUUCUGGCUAUUACUACAGACUGUCUACAAAUUCUAGCUUAUGGAAAUCAAGAAAGCAAGUUGAUUGUUUUGGCUAGUGGAGGACCGGGUGAACUGGUGAGAAUAAUGAGAUCGUACACUUACGAGAAGCUGCUCUGGACAACCUCCCGAGUAAUCAAAGUUCUGUCCGUCUGCUCCAGCAACAAACCUGCCAUUGUGGAAGCAGGUGGUAUGCAAGCUUUGGCUAUGCAUUUAGGACACCAGAGCCAAAGAUUGGUACAGAACUGUUUGUGGACGAUUAGAAAUUUGUCAGAUGCUGCUACUAAGUGUGAAAACAUGGAAGGCAUCUUACAAAUGCUUGUCCAGCUUCUCUCCUCAAAUGAUCUCAAUGUCGUGACCUGUGCUGCUGGUAUCCUUUCAAACUUGACCUGUAAUAACCAGCGUAACAAGGUCAUCGUGUGCCAGGUUAAUGGCAUUGAAGCCUUGGUCAGAACCAUCCUGCAGGCAGGAGACCGUGAGGACAUCACCGAACCAGCGGUGUGUGCUUUGAGGCAUUUGACUAGCCGUCACCCAGAAUCUGAGAUGGCCCAGAAUGCUGUGCGUCUACACUACGGACUUCCUGUUCUAGUCAAGUUACUUCACCCACCAAGCAGAUGGCCACUCAUCAAGGCUGUGGUUGGUCUCAUCAGAAAUCUGGCCCUUUGUCCAGCAAACCAUGCCCCAUUGAGAGAACACGGGGCACUGCCAAGGAUUGUCCACCUCCUCAUCAGAGCUCAUCAGGACACACAGAGACGAGCCUCAAUCAGUUCCAAUGGACAGGGGUCAGGGUACGUCGAUGGAGUCCGUAUGGAGGAAAUCGUGGAAGGAACAGUGGGAGCUCUUCACAUAUUGGCCAGAGAGGCUCACAACAGAGCUGUCAUCCGUGGUCUCAAUGGCAUUCCUCUUUUCGUGCAGCUGUUGUAUUCUCCCAUUGAGAAUAUUCAGCGUGUGGCAGCCGGAGUUCUGUGUGAACUGGCAGCAGAUAAGGAAGGUGCUGAGCUUAUUGAGCAAGAGGGGGCCACAGCACCACUUACCGAAUUGUUACACUCCCGGAAUGAAGGAGUUGGUAAGCAAUCACAUCACAGAAAUCUCAAUGAUAAUGCUACCUAUGCAGCAGCUGUACUUUUCCGCAUGUCCGAAGACAAACCACAGGAUUACAAGAAGAGGCUUUCAGUAGAACUUACCAGUUCUCUGUUCCGGGACAACCAGAACAUGCCCUGGUCUGAUGUUCAGCCCCCAGGAUUCGAGGAUGUAGGACACAUGAUGCCCCCCGCUGAUGAUUCCUACCGAGACCAGAUGUACCAACCUCCUCAUCAUGACAGUCAAGGAAGCAUGCACAGCAAUGAUAUGAACAGAGGUUAUGAACACCAAAUCCCGAUUGACUCCAUGCAGGGACUUGACAUUGGCAGUCAAGGAGGAAGUCAGUAUGGGGGGAUGGAAAACUUGCCUGACCUGGGACCAAACGCACAGUCAGGAGACCUCAACUUUGAGAAUCUCGAAUCCAGUCUGCCCCAGCAGUCUGGCAAUAACCAGACCAUGCCAUGGUUUGAUACGGACUUGUAAAUGAAUGUGCCACAGCCUGGUAGAAGCCAUGACUCCUCUACUUGUCAACACAAAAAACAUUGAAAAUGUGUAGAGUAAUAUAGUCAGUUUUUUUCUGUGCAUUGGACCUGAUGUAAUAUGACAGAUGGAGGAGGACUUAAUGUCCAAAAGUCUCUUUUUAUAAAUCUUAGUCUGUGUACAUACGUUUAGGAGGAGGAUCAAAGAUUAAACAUACCAUGGGGGGGAUUUUUGUACAUCAACUUUAAUGUUCAAGGUUGUAAAUUGAGCAGCUGAAUUUUUUUUAACAUUUUGGCAUUUCCAAAACUAUCAUUGUUUCAACCACCUGGACCAGAAUUUGUUCUUGUUGUAAAUAAUUCAUUCCAUUAGUUUAAAAUAUUCAUCUCGUAUAUUCCUUAGAAUAGAACACCAUUACUACACAAAAAAGUUUGUAUUGUAAGCAGCAGGCCAUUCACAUGAACAAAUAAUUUGUAUUUCUGACGCCUACAAAACAAUGCAAAAAUUAGUGACGUCCCACCAAUUUGGAUUGUUUUCCCAAAGUUUAAAUGUUACAGUGGUUGGUCAGAAAUAUAAAUGAUCUAUAUUUUUAUAACAUUGCAUAUCUGUGUACGCUCCGUCAUUUAAGUGCCUCAAAGGUAGUCAUUUUAAGAUUUGGUCAUGUAUUUAUUGAAUUUUAUUGAUUCCAUGGAAACCAUCUCUGGCAGAACGUUUUCUAUCUUUUAAUUUCAUUGCACUGCAUUUGUCUGUAGAAUUAUUUUUGGUUUGUACUUUCUUUAUCUAUCUUUUUAUCCAUUUUAGAUAAUUUUAUAAUUCAGGAAAUUUAUUUAUAAUAGUUAACAUAAAGAUAUUACUAUGUGUUGUGUAAUGCAUGCAAUUCAAAAUAAAACUUCAGUUUUAGUA